AUGAGCAUGGGCAUGCAUCUCACGCCUCUCCCUGCCUCUCUCCUCCUCCCUGGUUGCGCCCUUCUCACUCCCCUCAACCCAUCCCCACCGCUGCCAGAGGUCCGCAUGGAGUCUGCUCUGCUUCGCCCCUCCACCUCCUCAACCCGCGCCGGGUAUGCACCCACCUCCACCGGGUAUGCACCCACUUCCACCCAUAUGCACCGACCUCAUCCGAGUGCACAUGCACAGCAUGACAUGCCCCCACUGCGUGGCCAACCUCUCCAUUGCUGUCACGCUCUCACUGCUUCUCUCAUCACCACGCUGUCUGCUCCUCUCUUCCGAGUCGACUCAAAAGCUGUCUGCUCCUCUCCUUCCGCCCUCCUUCUGCUGUCUCUUCCUUCUGCUGUCUCUUCCUUCUGCUGUCUCUUCCUUCUGCUGUCUCUUCCUUCUGCUGUCUCUUCCUUCUGCUGUCUCUUCCUUCUGCUGUCUCUUCCUUCUGCUGUCUCUUCCUUCUGCUGUCUCUUCCUUCUGCUGUCUCUUCCUUCUGCUGUCUCUUCCUUCUGCUGUCUCUUCCUUCUGCUGUCUCUUCCUUCUGCUGUCUCUUCCUUCUGUUGGCCUCCUCUCCUCCAUCUUUCCCCCCUAUCAGCCCCCGACAGCAGUGAGCUGCCAGUGUUGGACGCACGAUCGCAGCACACGCUCACACUCCUCACAGGCUCUCCGCACGGCCGCAUUGACUUCAUGCUGCAGGAUCCCUCCUUUCAGCACCAGUACUUGCAGGCCAUGAGCUGCCACUUUGCCAUUCUUCCUUCAACAAGAUUCUCCUCCGCUGUUGCUCGCGUCUCAGCGCCUGGCAGUCUCCUCAUUGCCAUCUGCCACUCCCCUCUUCCCUCUCACCUAUCCUCCCUUUCUUCCUCACCUCCCCUUCUCCCCCUCAGCGAUGCAUGGAUAGACAAGGACAUAGCGCUGCUGGUCAUCCGCCAUCUCUACCGCCACGUGCCUCGCCAGCCCCCUCCUGCCCGCCAGCCACCGCCCCUGCACGCUCACUUCGACCCCUCCUCCCCCGCCCCCUCUCCCACUGCUACCACCCCCCCCACUGACCCCUCGUUCCUCUCGCCUCCUCCCUCCCCCUCACGUCACGCCGUCUUCUCCUCCCUCUCUGCCCUCUCCACGCCUCGUUGCCUCUCUGGAGACCUCUCCUACUCCAUCCCCUCCUUCCUCCCCUCCCACCCGUCAUCCUCGCCCCUUGCUGCCACCCGACCCUUCUCACCCCUCUCAGCCCCCCCCACACCCCAUCCUCUCCCACCAGCAUCAUUCCCUGCAUCAGCACCGCCAGCAGCACCCAUCAAUGCUGCGACGACAUCUUCCACCGCUCCCAACCCAUCUGCAACCCACUCGAACAUGCCUUCGGGCCCCCCCCCCUUGAGUCAGGUGCGGGGGCACCAGCGCAGCGGCAGCAGCAGCAGCCUGCUGGGGCGGCUGUGCGACGCUGUGAGCCCUCUUGAGCAUGCUGCUGCUGCAGAGAGGCACGCAGGGAGGCACACGGGGAAGGUGGUACCUGGGGCAGGUGCUGCUGCUGCUUCUGCUGCUGUUGGUGGUGAUGGCAGUGGCGGUUUGCAGCAGCGACAGAGAAGGCAGUGGAGGGAAGGGAGUGUGGGGCAUGGGAGGAGGGCGUGGGGAGGGGAGGAGAGUCAGGGGAGGGUGAGCAAGGUGGGGGCAGUGAGGAGGUGUGUGAGGCGAGUGCAGGCACACAUUGAGGAGGGGGAAGAUGAGGGGGAGGACGAGGGGGAGGAGGAUGAGGAGGAGGUGGCAUUCACCUUCUCUAGUUGGAGGGCGGCUCAGUUGCUGCGAGUGCAGCUGCUGCUGUGA